UCUCCUCUCUGGUUCUCAUAGUAACUGUCACCUGCAGAAACACACCGGGACUCACCGAGCAGCACCGACCGCAACACCGACUCCGCUGCCUGGCACCCGUGCACCACCCUCCCGGUCCCCCUCUCUGCGGUCCCGCUCUCUGCAGCUGAUCAAACCCGAUCCAUCGAGUCCGGGAUCGAUCGACCCUGAUGUCCGCCGCGGUUGAUCACAAGCAGCGCGUGGCCUGCGGCGGGAUCAAAGGCACCGGAGCAGCUAAUGAUGACAUCACCGUGUGAAAGUGCCGACCCUCCCCGCGUGAGCUGAUCCAUCUUCUAUCAGUUGUUCCAGUGCUCCCAGUCCUGUCCAGGAUGCUGCCGGCCUCCAUCCAGAUCACGGGGGAGCUGCUGUCAGCGGCUGAGGUUCAGGAUAUCUGUGAGAGUCUGAAGGAGGACAGCGUUCGGCUGCUGUCCGUCCGCGGCUGCCAGCUGUCUGACCGUGACUUUGGUCGUGUCUGCCGGAGUGUCGCAGAGUCACAUUCCAUCGCUCAGCUCAACCUCAACCUGGGCGUCGUCUCCAGCAUCAACCGGACACGACACCUGGCAGACGCCCUCAAGACCAACCGGUCCCUGCAGACCCUCUUUCUGCAUGGCAGCCCGCUGUUGGACGCCGGCCUGGUGACCUUGAACUCGGCCCUGUCGACCCACCCAACGCUGAUCUGUCUGGAUCUGGGGGACUGCAUGCUUGGAGAUGAGGCGCUGGCUCUGAUCUGUGGGAUGCUGCCUCCAGACGGAGCGAAGUCAGGUCUGAAGGAGCUCACUCUGAGUGCUAACCCAGGAAUCAGUUCCAAAGGCUGGGCCCGACUCGCUAUCGCUGUGGCUCAUAGCUCACAGCUCCGGGUGCUCAACCUGGACUACAACCCACUGGGUGAUCAGAUUGCUGGGAUGCUGGCAGUUGCUGUGGCGUCCAGCAGAACCCUAGAGGUGCUGGAUCUGGAAGGAACUGGACUGAGCAACCAGUCCGCACAGGUGUUCCUGGACAUGGUGGAGAACUACCCGACCAGUCUGCGGGUUCUGGUCCUGGCAGAGAACGAGAUCAGUCCGGAGCUGCAGCAGCAGAUCUGUGACCUGCUCUCUGAAGGAGAGGACGAUGACGACAGAGCGUCCCUUCACUCUGGUCCCGCCAGCAGCGCCCUGAUGCCCAUCAGAGACAAGUACCAGCAAAUCAGAGACAAAUACCAGCCCCCCGCCUGGCUUCAACACAGCAACUCCAGCCCCCAGAUGGUCUUGCUGACAUCAGGUCUAGGUGAGAGCUUAUUGGCUGAGACUGAGAUGUGACCCCUCCCACAAUCACACCCACCUCCUUUCAAACUCUUUCACUUUCUUUUGAGUUGUCUGAUUUGAAUGUAUCUGGUUUGUUUCUCUGCACUGCACUUCUCUUGGUUGUUCGAUCACCUGAUAGCUAGCAGCCAGUCACAUGCUCUGCAUGGUUUGAUGUAGCACCUGUACAUAGACCGGAGUGAGUGUCAGCACAAAACCUUAACACACUAAGUGACUUUUAGACAGGUGUUUGUCCAGCAGGUGUUUUGUGUGUUUCUGAUGAAUGUACGUUCUGACUAUUUGUUCUGCUGCUGAUGUCCUAAUAAUAAAACUGUUUACAGCUUUCUAAGAAAA